CAUGUAUGUGUCGGGUUGUGCUGCACGGGCUAUUCCGCAGUCAAGAAACUGCCAGUCCAUGACAUAUGCAUACCUUAUACCUUCUAGUCCUGAGCAAAGCAAGGACAAAUUGUAUCAUUGAACUAACCUCUACUUCCAACCAUUCUCAUUCUGACAUGCCUAUGCAUGAGAAGAAUGUGAAUGAUUAGGGACACGAUUCUUAAGGAAAUCACUGGGCACUGCAAAGUGUAAAAGAUCUUCCCAUCCGGUAGAUCAUGACAUACGUGAAGAAACUAUCACAUCAAAUGAGCAGUCCGGAACGUCAGGAUGCAAAAUGCUGUUUGCGCUAUAAUGUGUUACUGCACGCUUUGUUUGGUUCUUAGAUUGAUUGAGCAAAUCAAUCCGAAAUCAGAGGUGAGUUCCCUGCAGCUUUUAGUUCAGGAGGAAGCAGUCCAAAGACCGUGGUGAUAGCUCCAUAACCUUAUGGCAAAUCGAUAAAUUUCUACUUAGUCGUCUGUACUGCUACUAGAAUCAUUGGCCAUUUACCAUUUUCAUAUUACUGAUGUAGAUGAAAUUAGUCUGAAAUUAGUUAUACCUGAGCUCGUGUGAAAUUAAUGAACCAUUCUUUCUAGGAGCAGCCAGUAGGAAAGUGGCAGGUGUCAUCAGAUAUGUAGAGAGAAGGUCAAAAAGGAGAUAAGGCAGGUGUGGCUUGAGUGAGUCUGGUAAGCAUGCUAGUGAACCAGCUCGGUGGGUUAUGUAGUAGCAGACAAUCAUCGUCAGCAGAUGGCUUGCUGUUUCACCAGUUCUUCGUUUCAAGUGUGGAAUAAUGGAAGCACAAGGUGCUUCUUUGAUUGGAAUUUAGGAAGAAACAACAAAGAGAACAAGCCUCAGCUUAAGUACUAUGAUGAUGUCGAUCUUCCUUUUUCAUCAUCACUUGUAAAGAAAACAUUCUUGAAAGCAGGGAGGGAACUCAAGUGCUGUUACAAGGCCACAGUGGAUGGGUUCAGUGCCACGGAUUUCCACAACUGCUGUGACUUCAAGGGACCAUGCGUCAUCAUUGGCUACACAAACAAGUCCUUCAAGUUCGGUGCAUUCAACCCUGAAGGCUACAGGAGCACGGAUGAUUAUUACGAUACGUUCGACGCGUUCCUCUUCUACUGGACAGAGAAUGAGAAGAUUGAUCCUGUUAUUUUGCCCAAAGUUGGGGGUAGUGGUGCAGCUCUCUUUGAUUAUGCUCGGGGUGGUCCCCAGUUCGGGGCCGAUGGGCUCCUCAUCGGGCCGCCACUGGCGCCGGUUAUGGGUGGAUUCGCAGGCCCGGAUACUAACUCAGGCGUGGGUGACCUGAGACAAGCUAAGUCCAGGUUGGGACUUUCAUAUGCGAAAAGGGAAGAUGGAAAAGAGUCUAUUUUCGGUGAUGAGUCCCGGGCUACUCUGGAGGAAGUGCAAGUGUUUUGCAGUCCUCAAAUUGCAAGCUUGUACUAAAUUGAAUGAACAGAUGGACAAAAGCAAAAGAUUCUACCAAAUGAAAGGGCGCAAUACCAAGACCGGGUAUUCUUUUCUUUAUGUACCACUAAAAGCUGUAGGGAUGUAAUCAAUCCGAGAGACCUACCUAGGAGAAUCUGGAUUUAUUAUUUGUUCAUUACUUGAUGCUCCACUUUGCUUUACUUCUGAAAGUAACUUAUCGCAUCAUCUUUAUACGGGCAUUAAAGAAGGCAUGAGGCGGUGGGGAAUACUCCGCAAGCUUCGGCCGAAGGAUGGAUCAUAGUUUAUACAUGUGUUUUUCUGAGUAUCUGAUAAUAUUCGGUGACUCCAUUGGUCUGCCCCUUCCCACUGGUCACAUGGACAUGCAAGUUGGAGAAUAAAGUCAUUCUUAUACUUUG